AUGGAGUCCUCCUGGCUCGAGACGCAUUGGGCAAGGCCCUUUCAUCUGGCGUUGGUGUUCUGCUUGGCCCUGGGGCUUCUACAGGCCAUCAAGCUCUACCUGCAGAGGCAGCGGCUGCUUCGAGACCUGCGCCCCUUCCCCUCGCCCCCCACCCACUGGUUCUACGGGCAUCACAAGAUAUUUCAGGAUGGUAAAAUGGAGAAGCUUGAGGAUAUUAUAGAAAAAUACCCCUGUGCCUUUCCUCGCUGGGUUGGGCCCUUUCGGGCAUUUUUCUAUAUCUAUGACCCGGACUAUGCAAAGACAUUUCUGAGCAGAACGGAUCCCAAGUCCAAGUUCCUGUAUGAGUUCAUGGUUCCAUGCCUUGGAAAAGGACUAGUGACUCUGAAUGGACCCAAGUGGUUCCAGCACCGUCACCUACUAACUCCUGGAUUCCAUUUUAAUACCUUGAAAUCAUAUGUCGAGGUGAUGGCCCAAUCUGUGAACACAGUGCUGGGUAAGUGGGAGAGAAUUUGUGGCUCUCAGGACACACUUCUGGAGAUCUCUGAGCACAUCAGCUUGAUGACCCUGGACAUACUCAUGAAAUGUAUUUUCAGCUGGGAAACCAACUGCCAGAUAAACAGCACCCAUGAUCAUUAUGUAAAAGCAACACGUGAAGGCACCAAUAUCCUUUUUUACCGCGCGUACAAUUUCUUUUAUCACCACGACGUAAUUUUCAAAUUCAGCCCUAAGGGCCACCACUUACAGGAGGUAAACAAGAUACUGCAUCAGCACACAGAAAAGAUAAUCCAGGAUAGAAAGAAUUCCCUCAAGGAUGAGAAUAAACAGAUUAACACUCAGAAGAGGAAGUACCGGGAUUUUCUGGAUAUUGUCCUUUCUGCUCAGGCUGGAAAUGGCGACAGCUUCUCAGAUACUGACCUACGGUCUGAGGUGAAUACUUUCAUGUUGGCAGGGCAUGAAUCUGUGACAGGAGGCAUUUGCUGGCUCCUCUACCACCUGGCUCUGUACCCUGAGCAUCAGGAGAGAUGCCGGGAGGAGAUCAGGGGCAUCCUGGGGGAUGGGUCUUCCAUCACCUGGGACCAGCUGGGUGAGAUGUCAUACACCACAAUGUGCAUUAAGGAGUCACUCCGCUUGGCACCUCCAGUCCUAUCCUUUUCCAGAGAACUCAGCAAGCCCAUUACCUUCCCAGAUGGACGCUCCUUGCCUGCAGGAAUGAGUGUGGUUCUCAGUAUUUGGGGUCUCCACCGCAACCCUGCCAUCUGGGAAAAUCCAAAGGUCUUUGACCCCUUGAGGUUCUCUCAGGAAAAUAAUGAUAAGAGGCACUCCCAUGCCUACUUACCAUUCUCAGCUGGACCAAGGAAUUGCAUUGGGCAGCAUUUUGCCAUGGCUGAGUUAAAGGUGGCCAUUGCCUUGAUUCUGCUCCACUUCAAGGUGACUCCAGACCCCUCCAGGCCCCUUGUCUCCACACCCCAUUGUUUCCUCAAACCCAAGAAUGGGGUCUACUUGUACCUGAAGAAACUCCCCUAACGUUAGAGCCCAGGAUAUGAGGAUUAUAUAUAUUUUGUUUUAAAGUUAA